AUGGGGUCCCUUCACUGGCUCCUCAGUGACGCAGGGGCCCCAGGACCUGCCAAUGCCGAGUACAGAGGAGCCACCUUGCACCUGGCGUCCAGUCUAGAACCUGGGCCCAGCCUGUCUGAAGCUGGGACAGCCCUGAGCUGGGCUGGGAUGCUGGGCUCUCGCUGCAGCUGGGGGACCAAGGCCCAUGGCAAGGUUCCAGUGUCCCCGUGUCCCUUUGUCUCUGUUCCUGUGUCCCCGUACCACCCAGGGCUGCCUGUGUUAAGUAGAGAGCUGCCCUCUGAGGGCCCCCAUGGCCUCUGCAGGGUGGGGGCCGGGACCAGAGACAGGACUUGCAGCCCCUUUUCCCCGGAUGGCAGUCUGAUCCCGUCCCUGUCCCCUCAGCUCAGGAGCCUGACCCCAAGCCUCUACCGCAGACCCACCGUGUUACCCCCUCCAGAGACCCUGCAGGCGGCUCCUCCAUGCCUGGGUGGCAUCAGAAAGGCCCAGAGGUGCAUUUUCAUCUCCUCUCGGACUGCCCUGCCACACCUGGUGGCCCUAAGUGUGCAGCCGCUGCUAACCUGGUCCGCCCACUCUAGAGACCUCAUGGAUGUGCCUGUUUUGACAGGCUCGUUUCACUUCGCACAAUGUCCUCAGGCCAUCCACGUCAUGGCAGGUAUCUGGACGUCGUAACAUCCCAUUGCAUAUAGAUACCAUGUUUUCCUUAUGCAUUCACCCAUCGGUGGACAUUUGGGUAGUUUCUGCCUGUUGUCUGUGGUGAAUCACUGCACGAGGACGUGAGUGGGCUGGCUUCACAUGGCCCGACGCUCACGUUCGCAGCAGUGAACUGGGCUCAGUGAUCUGGGAAUGGGUCCCCUGCUGGCUGCGGGGGGCCAGGCCCAGAAACAUGCAAACGAACUGCAGGGGAGAGGACUGGAACCCCCACCAAAACACUGCAGCAAAGGGAAAAUGCUGGAGUGCCCCACACUCAUGUUCAGGGGGCGAGGGUGCGUGUCACAGGCCCGACGGGAGCACGAAAGGGUUAGAACCACAUCCCGAGAACACAGCCCUGAGAACACAGCUGCAGGCCUGUCCCCGGCCGCCCGGCUCAUCCUCAGCACUUAUGGCAAAGGCGCCACACUCGGCGACAACACGGACACAGCGCUCAUCCUCGACCUCUCAGCUAGUCCUCUACGGUGGGUGUGCCCAGGGACACCACCCCCGAGGACAGGAAGGAGGGCGACCCGUGAGGUGCAGUCUCUGCUUUUCAACAUCCACCUAAGCCGCGAACACAUGCUCCUUGGACAGAUUUGAACGACUCAAGGGGGUAUCAAGAGAUUCCAGUCCGGCCAAAACAAAGCACCGUCGCAGAAACAUCUUGGGGACCAGCGCCGAGUGGGAGACGUGUCCAGGGGACAAGUGGAAGGGCCUCACCCCCAAUUCUUGCACCAAAGGGAUGGGGACGUUCACCCCUAACGGUGCAGGCCCUCCCUGGACUCCAGAC